UAUGAACCAGCCACUACGCGUCCACGGAAUCAGAGAAUAUUCCGUCUAGAUCCCAGUCAGUUAAGCGAUGGGAAGCCUCGUGGCCGAGGUUGCAGGCGAUGUCGGCGGCGUACGGCGGAGACCGAGGUUCCUUUGUCUCCACGGCUUCCGCACCAGCGGCGAGAUCAUGCGGACGCAGGUGAUGGGGAAAUGGCCGGAGGAGGUCACUGCCCGGCUCGAUCUCGUCUUCCUCGACGGGUCUUUCCCCGCCGAGGGCAAGUCCGACGUCGACGGUAUCUUCCCUCCGCCCUACUAUGAAUGGUUCCAAUUCGAUAAGGAUUUCAUGGAGUAUCGGAACUUGGAGGAGUGCUUUACGUACAUCGAGGACUUGAUCAUCGAGCACGGACCGUUCGACGGUCUGAUGGGGUUCUCCCAGGGCGCGAUUCUCUCGGCAGCGCUUCUGGGUCUCCAAUCUCGGGGAUGUGCGCUGAUGAGGGUGCCGAAGUUGAAGUACUUAAUAGUGAUCGGAGGGGCGAAGUUCCUGGAGCCGGCGGUGGCCGAGAAGUCGUAUCCGGCUCCGGCGGAUUGCACGUCCCUACAUUUUCUAGGUGACACGGACUUCUUAAAGACGCAUGGGGAAGCACUGUUGGAGUCGUUUGUGGAUCCUUUUAUCAUCCGACAUCCGAAGGGCCAUACUGUCCCCAAACUUGAUGAUAAAAGCUUGGAGACCAUGCUUGAAUUCCUGCAUAAGAUAGAAGCUGAUCUGCCCUGCAACGAAACUAGGCACGAGGAAGAGACCCAUUUGAGUUGAACAACAUUGACAACUAAGUCAUGGUAAAAUUAUAAUAGAUCACGAAAGUCCAUCUCUAACCUGUUUAAUAACAAUGCAGAGGAGCUCAAAGUAAAGGGGGGAAAUGAUAAGUAAAUGUAAGUUAAAAGCUUCCGAGACCAGAGAACUCGCAGUUUCUUCAAAAUUCUGAGAAGUCUUC